AUGUCGACCUCGACCUCUUCCUUCUCUUCGUCUAUCCAGCCCUCUCAUGGAGUGGCGGCCUUCGUUGGGGGCCAGGAGCACAUCUCGAGGACCUCCUUCGGGGACCACGAUAAGAAACCGACUGCCUUCGAGGCCACCGACGUCCCUCCCGACAGCGACGGACCCCGACGAGACGUGUCCGGAGACGUCUUGGACGAUGGCCUGCGACGAGGUCUGAAAGGCAGACAUUUUGUCAUUAUCGCGCUCGGUAGUAUCAUCGGACCCGGCACCUUCUACGGCAUCGGCUAUGCUAUCUUCUUGUCUGGUCCGCUGGGAGCAUUGCUCGGCUUCAUCAUCGUUGGUAUUUCCGUCUGGUUCCUGAUGCAGAGUGUCGGCGAGAUUACCACUUUGUUCCCCAUCCACGGUGGAUUCGUUGAGCACGCCGGCCGCUUCGUCGAUCCGGCAUUAAGCUUUGCCAUGUCCUGGCUGUACUACAUCAUGUGGAGCGUCUUCCUUGCAGCAGACUGGAACUCCGCCAUUCUGAUCCUCCGCUACUGGGUCCCGGAAUCGACGUUCCCAUCCUACGGCUGGGCCUUGAUCUUCUGGGCCGUCUUCUCCGUCAUCACCCUUCUCGGGGUCAGCGUCUAUGGAGAGCUCGAGUACUUCUUCGGCAUGUUCAAGUUCCUGUCCUUGAUCAUCCUCUUCAUCUUGUCCAUCGUGGCCAACGUGGGUGGAUUCGGGGGCGACUAUGUCGGGUUCAGAUACUGGAAGAAGCCAACAGGUCCCAUCAUCCACGGCAUCGACGGGUUCGGCCAGGUCUUUGUCUUAGCGGCCGCGUACUACGUCGGCACCGAGAUCAUUUCUCUCGCUGCUGGCGAGUCGCGGAAUCCCAAGAAGGAUGUCCCAAGAGCCAUCAACUCUGUGGUGUACCGCAUCCUCGUGGUCUAUGUCGGGAUGCCGUUCUUCCAAGGCUUGAUCUGCCCGUCUAACUCGCCAGAUCUUCUGAAUGCAGACUCGGUGGUUGCAUCGUCUCCCUUCACCAUUGGUUUCGUCGACGGCGGGUGGAAGACAGCCGGCCACUUCGUCAACGCCCUGAUCACCGUGGCUUUCAUCUCGGCCGCCAACGGUGUCGUUUACGUCCAGUCUCGCACCAUCUACUCUCUGGCCCUGACCAAACGGGCACCCAAGAUUUUUGCAAAGACAACGUCACGUGGGGUUCCAUGGGUCGCCAUCCUCACCUCCAAUCUCUGGGGCUUCCUCUGCCUAAUGAACCGCAAACUGACGGCGGGCCAAGUGUUUUCGUACAUGACCAGCGUGGGAGGCACGGCGGCCUAUAUUGCUUGGGCCGGCAUCAUCUUCACCCACCUGCGCGUCCGGGCCGCGGCCAAUAAGCAGCAGAUCGACGUCAAGACGUUCCCCUACAAGGCCUGGGGCAGCAUCUGGCUGUACCGCGCCAACUUUGUCUUCAACAUCUUCCUGCUCUUCAUCCAGGGCUACACCGUCUUCAAGCAUCCUUUCAACUGGAGGUCCUUCAUCGCCUGCUACAUCACAAUCCCCACCUUCUUCAUCCUGUUCUUCGGCUACAAGUACUACUUCAAGACCCAUUGGGUUCGCUUGCACGAAGUCGACUUCUCGGACCGCAGAGAAUGGAUUGCCCCUGCGCUGGACGGCGUCAAGGAUCGCCGGUCGCUGAAGCGGAAGCUCUGGGAUCUGUUCAAGGAUUGA